UUUCUGCCUGUUCAAGUACCAGAUGAUAAAGAAAAAAGUGAUCCUGUCCUUUUUGCCAGUAGAGUCCGGAAUUUAAUGGCAGAAGCUCUGGGAAUACCAGUAACAGAUCAUACUUAUGAAGACUGCAGAUUGAUGAUUUCAGCAGGACAGCUGACAUUGCCUAUGGAAGCUGGGUUGGUGGAAUUUACUAAAAUUAGCCAGAAAUUGAAGUUAGAUUGGGAUGGUAUCCGUAAGCAUUUGGAUGAAUAUGCAUCUAUUGCAAGUGCCUCAAAAGGAGGAAGAAUUGGAAUUGAAGAAUUUGCAGAGUAUUUAAAGUUGCCCGUUUCAGAUGUCUUGAGACAACUUUUUGCACUCUUUGACAGGAACCAUGAUGGCAGUAUUGACUUCCGAGAGUAUGUGAUUGGCCUUGCUGUCUUGUGCAACCCUGCCAACACGGAGGAGAUCAUCCAGGUGGCAUUUAAGCUCUUUGAUCUUGAUGAGGAUGGCUACAUAACAGAGGAUGAGUUUUCCACCAUUCUACAGGCUUCCCUUGGAGUGCCUGACCUUGAUGUUUCUGGUCUCUUCAAGGAAAUAGCCCAUGGGGACUCUAUUUCCUAUGAGGAAUUUAAAAGGUUUGCCAUAAAGCAUCCAGAAUAUGCUAAGAUAUUUACAACAUACUUAGACCUCCAGACGUCCCAUGUGUUUUCAUUACCAAAAGAAGUCCAGACAAGAUCCUCCGUCGCAAGUAAUGUAGUCAGUCCUGAAAAUCAUGAAGAGAGUACCUCAGGCAAAAAAGAUGACUGAAAACAGUAUUCCCAAGGAAAACGUAGUGGCUUUCACUUGAAAUUGCAAAGGCAUUUAUUGUUAGUAUUUUGAAUGUGCUUGUUGAGUAACGAUGUUUAAAAGGGAAAGCUUUUUUAUAAAAAUGAUAGAUUUUUUUACUAAAAAUGCUUUUAUUAACCUGUAUAUGAAGUAUAUUUCUUUUCUUUUGUGUUACAUUGUGCUUUACUGGUUGGUGAUGCAUAUGUUUAGAGGUUUUCCAGUUUAAUUUGCAUAUUUAAAUGAAUGUAAUGUUCUUACUAUUUACUGGUAAGCAUUAAUGAGCACUGUAAAGAGUUUUAGAAGUAUAAAUGCUUGUAAAUCUACUUUCCUCUAAAAACCAGUAAUAUUUUGUAAUCAUUUCCUAUUCUGGAAAUAAAAAUGAAAAGUCUGAGAAGCAUUGCAGAAUUUUAUACCUUUAAGUUCACAGAUUCAUUUUUCCAUUUAAAUUUCAGUUUCUUAGAUCACUGAAUAUGGGAAGGGAGAGCUCAGUUAAUUAGAUAAGACUUCUUAAGAACUCAUAGUCUCUUUAACCUGUAUCUCUAUCACAGAUUUCCUUAACCACCUACCAAGGAGAUCAUAUCUUUUUACAUUAUCUACAGAUUUAGAACUUUGUUUCAAAGAAAACUGCUUUGGCCAAAGGCUAAAUGGGAAUUGCCUUAUUGAAGGUAACAUUGAUUGCUUAAUGAGAAAAUAGGUUGUUUGCCACAGAGUUGAAUUUAAUUUGAGUUGAAUGGUUCAGAAUGUGGCACUUGCCCAAUAAAUGAAUCAGAUUUGUUCUAUUUAUAUAAUGUUAGAAUUAAUAUAUUUUACUAUCCAAGUGAGAGUUUUAUUUUGUUGAGUGUCCUCUCAAAUUUUGCAGCUGUCUGAAAUAUCUGAAUAGAAAACACAAAAGAUUCCAAAGUAUCGCCAAAAGCUAGGGAAUUCAAAAACUGUUAAUGCAGGACCACAAUGUAAGUCCCAGGCAGUAAUAUUUUUCCUGUAGGUUAAGCAAUAAUUUCCCGGAAGUACCAUUUUAAUUAGGUUUCAUGCAUGCAUAUUGUUAAUAUCAUUUAUGUUUAAGAUUUUGAACAAAGAACCAACUUAUUAAUAUAAUGUACAAAAAUAGUUGGUUCAUAUUCUGAAUUCAGUCUUUGAAGUCAAACUCCAUGUUUUGGCUAUGUUUCUGAUGUAUUGGUGAUUCGCCCCCAAACUAGUUUUUUAAAGUCAUUUUUGAUGUUGAGAUGUCUCAUGAGAGGUGUUGGAGUUUAUGUUUAGCAAAGAGUCAUGAUUUCAAACUACUUUUACGUAUUAAGCAGUUAGUGCUCUAAUUUAAAGGGUAAAUAUAUAUUUCAAUAAUCAAAUACCAGAAAAUUUCAUCCUUAAGUAUAUGCAGUUAUUUCCUUUUAUACAUCGUAAAGCUAUUUAGACAAGGUGUUAAAUGAGCUGAAACAAUCGCUUAAGUAAUUAGGAUGGUACAUCUUUAUAAUAGUGUCUGUCAUAUGCAAUGAAUGUGUGUAAUACUCAGGUACCAUGAUUGUUUUUUAAUCACAGAAAAACCACAUGUUAAUUCUAUUAGUCAUGAAAAAGUAGCAUUGUAAAUUAAAUGUGAGGCUCUUGGUAGUGAUCCCAUUGUUUUUCUGUUUUCAAAUAAUAUUAUGCUCUUUAAUUCCAUUUCUGUGAAUGUAAUAUUCCUAUUUUAUGAUUGUGGUACUGAAUAAACAAACUUACUACAUAAAAUUCUUGGCAAUUAAAAAAAUUCUGUUUUUGCCA